AUGCAAUGCAUUUGGAUUAACAAUAAACUUCUACCUAUUUUAGCCUUGCUAUGCUCAUGUCUUUCAGUAUUAGCAGCAGGCACAAGUGUUUCCUAUGAUUCAAGUGCCAUUAUUAUCAAUGGUGAAAGGCGAGUUAUUUUUUCUGGUUCAAUUCAUUAUACACGCAGCACCCCAGAGAUGUGGCCGGAUUUGAUUCAAAAGGCAAAAGAAGGUGGACUUGAUGCAAUUGAAACAUAUGUGUUCUGGGACCAGCAUGAGCCCCAGCGCCGAAAGUACGAUUUCUCGGGAAAACUAGACUUCAUAAAGUUUUUCAAACUAGUUCAAGAAGCUGGACUAUAUGCCUUUCUGCGAAUUGGUCCCUAUGUUUGUGCUGAAUGGAAUUAUGGAGGUUUCCCCGUGUGGCUACAUAAUUUGCCGGGCAUUCAACUGAGGACAGACAAUAAAAUUUUCAAGGAUGAAAUGCAAACUUUCACUACAAAGAUAGUGGAGUUGUGCAAAGAAGCAAAGCUGUUUGCACCACAAGGAGGUCCCAUAAUAUUUGCACAGAUAGAGAACGAAUAUGGAAAUAUUAUGAAACCUUAUGGAGAAGCAGGGAAAUCAUACAUUCAAUGGUGUGCAAAUAUGGCUCUAUCCCUCAACAUAGGUGUCCCUUGGAUUAUGUGCCAGCAGAGUGAUGCUCCGCAAUCCAUGAUAAACACAUGCAAUGGGUUCUACUGCGAUGACUUUAAGCCAAACAAUCCAAAAAGUCCCAAAAUGUGGACAGAAAACUGGACUGGCUGGUACAAGACAUGGGGUGGCAAGGAUCCCUAUCGAGCUGCUGAAGACGUGGCAUUUGCUGUAGCACGCUUUUUCCAAGCUGGAGGGGUCUUUCAAAAUUAUUACAUGUAUCAUGGAGGCACCAACUUUGGACGCACAUCAGGAGGGCCAUUCAUUGUAACAUCAUAUGAAUAUCAUGCACCACUUGAUGAAUUUGGGAAUUUAAACCAGCCCAAGUGGGGACAUCUUAAGCAACUUCAUGCAGCAAUUAAAUCGGGAGAGAAGGUUCUCACAAAUAGCUCCUCAUCAACCAAGCAGAUUGGUAAUGGAACUGAUCUAACUACGUACGUUAGCAAUUCUACCGGGCAAAAAUUUUGUUUCCUAAGCAAUAUGAACCUGGAAGAUGCUAAUGUUGAUUUGCAAAAAGAUGGCAAGUAUCUUGUGCCUGCUUGGUCUGUUAGCAUUCUUGAUGGUUGCAACAAGGAAAUUUACAACACUGCAAAGGUUAACACGCAGACCUCUUUGAUGGAAAAGAAAUCAGAUGGGGCUGAGAAUUCUACAAAACUCUCUUGGAGUUGGGUACCAGAAUCCAUGACCGACACCCUCUCAGGAAAGGGAAGCUUUACAGACACAAAGCUUCUUGAACAAAAGGCAGCUACUGUUGAUGUGAGUGAUUACUUGUGGUACAUGAACAGUGUUGACAUUGAUAAUGUGACGCAAUGGACCGAUGCAAAAUUGCAUGUGAACACAACAGGCCACGUACUUCAUGCCUAUGUUAAUCAACAGCUGAUAGGUUCACAAUGGGAGGCUAGAGGCAAUUUUCGUUUCGUAUUUGAGCAACCUGUCACCCUGAAAUCUGGGACUAAUACUAUAAGUCUCCUCAGUGCCACAGUUGGUCUGCAGAAUUAUGGUUCAUUUCUUGAUUUGACGCCAACUGGGAUCGCUGGAGGCCCAGUUCAAUUGAUUGGAAAGGGAAAUGUUGUAAAAGAUUUAUCAUCAAAUCAAUGGUCUUACAAGGUUGGGUUGAAUGGUGAGGACCGACGACUCUAUGAUGUGCACUCACCAUCUGGCAGCAACUGGACUCUAAAUAAUAGACUUCCAAAGCGUGUACCUAUGAUGUGGUACAAGACCGAGUUCAAGGCACCUUCGGGCACAGACCCUGUGGCGGUGGACUUGAAAGGCAUGGGUAAAGGGCAGGCAUGGGUGAAUGGACAAAGCAUUGGGCGUUUUUGGCCUGCAUACAUUGCCGAUAAGACAGGAUGUAGCCAAACAUGUGAUUAUCGAGGACGAUAUCACACAGGCAAUUGCAUGUCAAAUUGUGCUCAUCCUACUCAAAGAUGGUACCACAUCCCAAGAUCAUUCCUCAAUAAAGAUGAAAACACAUUGAUUUUGUUUGAGGAGAUAGGCGGAACUCCUUCACCAGUGUCUUUCCAGACAGUCACGAUUGGAACUUUAUGUGGGAGUGCAUAUGAAGGUAACAUGUUAGAAAUGUCAUGUCAAACGGGACACACAAUUUCUGAAAUCCAAUUUGCUAGCUUUGGAGACCCACAAGGCACAUGCGGAUCAUUCAAGAAGGGUACUUGUGAGGCCGCCAAUAGCCUAUCUGCUAUACAAAAGGCAUGUGUUGGUAAGAACACAUGCUCAAUUGAGGUUUCUGAAGAGACAUUUGGAACAGUAGAUUGUGGUGGAGUCCCCAAAAGACUAGCUGUGGAGGCUGUGUGCUAAAUUUUUUAUUUAAGUUUUUAGUUUUAGGUCUUGGGUUUUCUCAGAAAAAAAAAAGGGUCUUGGGUCAUAAAUUAUGUGGUUUUGUUUGCUAGUUAGGGUUAGGGUGUUAUGGU